CAUCGACGGUGAUCGUCACGGCCGCAGGUGGGAGACGCGAUCCCCGAACGAGAGAAGAAGCGCCGCAGCCGGACCGUCCCGAACGUGGACGACCCGCAGACGGCUUUCGACGUCGUCGUCAAGUCGAGACGGGAGAAGGAGGUCGGCGGCCCGGUCGCGGUCGCGGUCGAUCCGGAUGCGGCCAGACCGGGGGCGACCCAGACGGGCGCGGCGAUGCGAAGGGAACUGGCGAAGAGGAUCCCGCCGCUGCAUCGCAUGAGUCGGGAGGAAAUCUUUCGACUCCUUCGGGAUUCCAUCAUCUACGACGAAAGGAAAAGGCGGCUCGAAAUCGACCAGAAAGUCUCGAGUCGUCCGAAGAGUUCUCGUCGAGAAAGGGGUCGACUCGUCGAUUCCACCGACCGAAUGACGGCUGGACGCGAUCGCCUCGUCUCUUCUCUGUCGUGCCGGACGGAUCGUCCGGCACGACGAUCGUUCGCGGACGUCCUCCUCCACGGGUGCGACGGAUCGGCCGGACUCGUUUGCAUCUCGAAUGCGGAAUGCCGCUCGUUCCUCGGAACCUCGGUGCGAGUCUGUCGCUUGCGGGGACCGUUGCGAAGUCGAUUUCGAUGCGGGAAUCCCAUUCGGCGAAGCGGUGCGGCACGUCGUGCCGCGGUCGUGGCAUCGGGCUUCGUGUCGGUCGCACGGCUCGGGGAACGCGAGAGUACCCGUUUUUCCUCGUCCGACCGCUGCACGACGACGAUUCGCCGGUGCUACGGUCUCGAAGCGAGCGUCGCCGGACGCCGCACGAGCCUUCGGCCCGGAUACGGAGCCGUGAAAGCUCUCGUACCGAGGUUCGAGAGAACGGGAGACGUUCGGGACGUCGAGUGGCCCCGGCGACCCGUCGUACCCGUCGGGCACGACCGAGGGAAACACGGACGGUGUCUUCCCAUCUGCACGAAGCAGAAGUGGGUGGCCCAGGCGGUGUACUUAUUUCCGUUCCGUUCGGGACGUGUUCGCGCGGACUCGUUCGCCUUUAGGAGCGGCGCCCGGGUUUCCUCCGCCUGCGAUCGGCACGGGUGGUCGUCGCACGCGCGUCUCUCGGACGCGGUGCGAGCGGCACGCACGGCUCGCUUUCCUCCCCGAGGAUACCGGGUCGCCCGGGGACGGACUCCGUCGCGUGCUUCUCGAGUUUCUCUUCGAAGCUCUGGCGAAUCCGAUCGAGAUUUCUCUUUUCUCACGACAUCCCCGUUCUCUCUUGCAGACGACAUCGUGGCGUUGGACAAGCCGUACGGGAUCUCCACGCAAGGAGGCGACGGGAGAAGCGAGAAGACGUGCCUCUUCUCGCAUCUCCCGGCCCUGGCCCGCCGCGUGGAGUCGAAGACGCUGUUCAUCGUUCACCGACUGGACAAGGGCACGACGGGGGUGCAGGUGCUGGCGAAGACGCCCCAGGUCGCACGGCGGCUCCGCGCUUACUUUGCGCAGCGCCGCGCGGUCAAGAUCUACUGGGCCAUCACCAAGAGGGUGCCGAACCCGCCGGAAGGAAUAAUCGAUAUCCCGAUCGGAGAGGGAAAACUGGGGAACGCGAGGAGGAUGGUCCUCCGUCCCGUGGAUGACCCGACCGGAGCAUCGCGGCACAAAUCCUCCCAACCCGCCAGGACUUAUUACAAGCAAGAUCAAUUCUUCUGCCGGAUCCGAAGGCGCUGCGGAGUCCUGGUGUCCGGGGACCGGCUUCGCUCGGGAUCUCCCCCUAAGGGGUUCCACUCGACCGUCGUAGAUGCAUCUGUGUUCUCCACACGAACUGCGGUAGUGAGAGGGAUGAGCGGUUGCGUCCCACGGAGAAUGCCUGCUCUUCUUCCAGGAGAAGAAAAGGCAUUCUCCUCUGCUUCUGUGGACCGUCACCGGACCGCCACAGGGGUUCUCUGA